GCAUUAUCGUACUUGGACAAGAACUAACAAUCCAGAAUCUGUUCCCCUUUCCUUAAAGCCCAAGAACCUCCUCCAACCAGAAGACUUCUUAUUUUUUGUAUGCAAACACAAAUUCCAGGAAAGAAGAAAAAAGUUAGAUAGUACAACUUUUCAUUUUCCAAUUGUAAACCCUAAAUAGAAAGAAUUACAAAAAAAAUGCCAUCGGAAACGAAGUUUUUGCAAGAGCUGGUAUUGUACGCGGCAAGUGCAGCUCUAAGUUGUUUGGUAUUGUUUGCGGGUCUCCGACAUCUCGACCCCAACCGGGAGGCCUCAAAGAAGGCACUUGAACAGAAAAAGGAGAUAGCCAAGCGCUUGGGUCGGCCUCUCAUCCAAACCAAUCCCUACGAGGAUGUGAUAGCCUGUGAUGUAAUAAAUCCGGAGAGCAUCGAUGUGGAAUUUGAUUCCAUUGGAGGAUUGGAAACUAUCAAGCAAGCCUUGUAUGAAUUGGUGAUCCUUCCACUGAGGAGACCUGAGCUCUUUUCACAUGGGAAGCUUCUUGGCCCCCAAAAAGGAGUCUUGUUAUAUGGACCACCAGGUACCGGUAAGACUAUGCUUGCCAAAGCUAUUGCAAAAGAGUCUGGAGCUGUUUUUAUUAAUGUGAGGAUCUCAAAUCUGAUGAGCAAGUGGUUUGGUGAUGCGCAAAAGCUCGUUGCUGCUGUUUUUACCCUGGCUUACAAACUUCAGCCCGCUAUUAUAUUUAUUGAUGAAGUUGACAGUUUCUUGGGGCAGAGGCGCACAUCAGAUCAUGAGGCAUUAACUAACAUGAAGACCGAGUUUAUGGCCUUGUGGGAUGGGUUUACGACAGACCAGAGUGCACGAGUCAUGGUUCUUGCUGCUACAAAUCGCCCAUCAGAACUUGAUGAAGCAAUACUUCGGCGCCUUCCCCAGGCCUUUGAGAUUGGCAUGCCUGAUCGCAGGGAGAGGGUUGAGAUAUUAAAGGUUAUUUUGAAGGGUGAGAAUGUGGAUAACAGCAUUGACUUUGACUAUAUUGCAAGCUUGUGUGAGGGUUUCACAGGUUCUGAUCUUCUUGAACUAUGCAAGAAAGCAGCAUACUUUCCAAUCAGGGACCUGUUGGAUGAGGAGAAAAAGGGGAAACAACAUGUUGCACCGAGGCCGUUGUCCCAAAAAGAUAUGGAGAAAGUUAUUGCAACAUCAACCAAGACAAGGGUUGCUGCAAAUGAUUACACUAGGUCAAUCUCACAACAACCUGGGUGGUCUAGGCAGUCAGAUGAUUACCAGGUUCAGGCAACAAUCAAUGAGCUCUCUAAGCUUGUAGUUUCCCAGAUAUUGAACCUUCAAUCAUCAGAUACCCAAGACCAAGACCGAGACCAAGACCCUUGAAUUCUGGCAGUCUCCCUACUGUCAUGUAAGAUGAUUCCAUAGGAAUUUUAUGUGGUUUAGCAUUUUGGGUACAGGUCCCAUUCCCAUUCAGAAUAUGUUAUCUUUAUAAUCAACUUGAAUACAGUAGGACGUAUUCUUGAACGAGUUAGGAUUCCAAAUUUUGAAGUAGUAGAAUGCUUACUCGCUGCGACAUGGUUACAGCGCCUACAGAGCUUUCCUCUUGCUAAUAGGAACUCACAAGAAUGGUAACCAUUUAUUCUGGUUUUACUCGUGAUCGAUGGUUUGGAACUUCACUCAAAUUUUUUGGAUGUACUGAUACAUGCAAAUGGGAGCGUUUGCUUCUCCCAGUGUGUAUGUUUCUGUAAGGCAUACUUUAUUCAUAUACCAAUAUCAAUGGUAAUAAAAUUUAGUUCAUUUGCCUUUUU